UACUCCGAACGCGAUCAGAGAGCGAUCCAAGGCAAUCGCGUUUUGAGCCAAGGGAUCCCCUCCCCGCGAAGCAUCCUUCGGUUUCUUCCUCUACAUCUAUCUGCGUCUUUUUCUCUCUGCUAGAUGUUCUGACAUCAGGGAAUUGGAUUGGCAAGAACCCGAUCUCAGUGGCUUUGGAUCUGCAAGAAAAUGGCGACGGCAACCAUGGCGACUGCUGCUGGCGCCGCUGCGCUUCUGUAUUACACACUGAAGUGGAAACUACACGCCGGUCGAUUUCAAGAGAAUGGCCAAGGCGAACACGAUCAGGAUGCAUCCAAACCUAUUCUUUCUGGGAGGAAUCGAGUCUCGCAGAGGCCUGCGCAGGCCCCUGCAACAUGGUUAGAGACAAUAUCGACCUUGUCGGAGACCUUACGAUUCACCUACUCCGAGACAUUGGGGAAAUGGCCUAUUGGGGAUCUGGCCUUUGGCAUCAACUUUUUAUUGAAGAGGCAGGGGAACUUACAUGUAGCUAGUAUAUAUGCUGGUGAAGAAAGUGUACCGCUUAAAGGGGCUGAAAUUGUUGCUGAGCUAAAGUAUCUUUUGAAUUUAUUGAAUCUUUGCUGGCAUUUUUCAAAAAAACCAUUCCCAUUAUUUUUGGAGGCGACUGGUUAUUCCCAAGAUGAUGUCCUACUUCAAAAACCUAAAGCAGGCAUCUUGAAGCCAGCAUUUACAAUUUUAACAGAUAAAAACACAAAAAGCAUUCUGCUAUUGAUUAGGGGGACACACAGCAUCAGAGACACAUUAACAGCUGCAACUGGUGCAGUUGUUCCAUUCCACCACACUUUAUUAUAUGAAGGCGGCAUCAGCGAUUUAAUUUUAGGAUAUGCACACUGUGGAAUGGUUGCAGCUGCUCGGUCAAUUGCUAAGCUUGCCACCCCUUGUCUUUUGGAAGCACUGCAUGAAUAUCCAGAUUACAAACUAAAGAUAGUGGGACACUCUCUGGGUGGAGGUACAGCGGCACUCUUAACCUAUAUUUUAAGGGAGCAACAGGAGUUUGCCACUGCUAUUUGUGUUACAUUUGCCCCAGCUGCUUGUAUGACAUGGGAGUUAGCAGAAUCAGGCAGGCACUUCAUUACUUCGAUUAUUAAUGGAGCUGAUUUGGUUCCUUCCUUUUCAGCAGCAUCAGUAGAUGACCUACGUUCUGAGGUGACAGCAUCAGCAUGGCUUAAUGAUUUACGAAAUCAAAUUGAACAGACAAGGAUAUUGAGCACAGUUUAUCGUUCAGCAUCUGCUCUAGGGUCUAGACUUCCAUCAAUUGCUAGUGCAAGAGCAAGAGUAGCUGGUGCUGGUGCAAUCCUACGUCCUGUAUCCAAUGGGACACAGGUUGUCAUGACAAGAGCAAAAAGUGUGGCUCAAGCUGCAUUGAGUCGACCACCUCUUCGUAUAUCGUCAUGGUCAUGUAUUGGGCCCCGUUACCGCAACAAGGCAUCUUUUCCGAUUACAAGACGAGAAGAGAACAUUGAAGAGUCAUCAAUGAUAACAAAAGAAAAUGGCGAGACUCUUGCAACAUUGACUGAAACUACCACUGUAGAGACCACAGAGAUUACAACUCAAGGUGUAGGAUGGACUUCGGACCUAGAUUGCUCGCAUUCCAAUGCAAUUUCUCAUGCUGAUGGCCCGGUGAACACUGGUGAUAUCAGUGAUGAUGAGGAUGCAACUGGUCAAUGUAGGAACGAGGACAGCAUGACCGAGUAUGAUUUGUGGCAGCAACUGGAGAAUGAGUUGAACAAGGCAAGGCAGAACGAAGAAGUUGAUAUUGAUAAUGAAAUAAGGGAAGAGGAGAAUGCUGCUGCCGCUGCACAUGAAGAGGUUGAGGGCACAUCAGAAGGCAUUCUUACUGAAACAAAGGAAGUGCGGAGGUUCUACCCCCCUGGGAAAAUCAUGCACAUUGUGAUCUUCCCUCCAGAGGAGACGACAAACGAAGAAGAUUCUGGUAUCCAUCAUGAUGGUGAGAACCCAGAGCCAGAGUACAAGACUGGGAUCUUCUUGACCCCAAGGUCACUUUAUGGUAAGUUGAGGCUCUCACAGUCCAUGAUCAAUGAUCAUUUCAUGCCAAUUUACCGAAGAAAUAUUGAGCGACUCAUCAGUAUACUCGAGAAAGAGGAUGGACAUGGUGAUGAAGCCAUGAUGUUAUAGCUGAUGAGGUACCUUAAGACUGCUGAAUAGGAAAUGAUACAGGUGCUGGAAUGUACAGUAUUCUUCUUAGUUUAGGUAGCUUGAUGUCCUCCAUCAAUCUGGUAUCACCUUACCAGAAUACAGAUCAAUCUGGUGUGAUCUGUAUCUUCCCUUCUAACAAAUACUGACAACACAUGGAAAUCUGACAAAGAUAUUAACCUUUUCUUUUUAUUUCCUCCAACAUUAUUUGUUAAACAUUGUAAACAGUGUCGAUUCUAUCUGAUCAGUUGCAUUUCUAAACCUGCAGGUGUUUGUAUU